GGGCGGCCGGCGUGGACGCUGCUCAGGGUUCCCUUAUUGGGGCGGGAGAAGAGGGUGCCGGCCCUGCCCUCCCCCCUUUUUUCAGGGGCGCGAGCCCAGCUCCCGCCGAGCUGAGGGGCGGCGGCGACGUAGAAGACAAGACAAGAGCCACUCCGCCGCGCUGGCCCGCGCUACCCGACCGCUCCCCACUAAAGGCCAGCAGGCAGGGAAACGUCGCCGCCGGCGUGCGCGAGCCCGCUCCGCGGGAGGGGACGCGCGCGCACGCGCGCCACUGCGGUGCCAAUCGCCAUAAAACUCCGGGGACCGGGAUGGGGGCGGGGCGGGACGCGGGUGCGGACGCCGGGAAUCUCCUUGAUCUCCCACUGCUUCCCAGAGGGGCGGAGUCUGGGCUGAUCUGGGACGGGAUUGGCUAUGGGGCUUUUUUAACGUCUAAGAAUAGGGAGAUUGACGUGGGGUUCCGCCCCUCCCCCGCCUACUUCCUACCCCCCGGCAUGUCCCUAUGUUUUCCUUUCGCCAACCUCGCUCUCUGUUCAAGUUCAGUAUUUUCAACCACAUUAACCUUGAUCAGGAAGACAACUUCCCAAGGGCAGAGAAGGAACAAGACUACAAAUGGAUAAAGAGUAGGCUCUAAGGUUUUAAAAGUAUUCAGAAAGAAAAUUCUGAAAUGAAAAAAUCUUUGUUCCAGUUUUUUGGGAUUGCACAGAAACAAAGCCACAUGGAAGCCAAGCGUUCUCUUUCUUCUGGAGCACGUUCCCAGGUAACAGAGGAUGGGUUUUUGUCUGCACUGAAGAUGCUAGAUGUGGGAAAGUGGCCAAUUUUUGCCCUUUGCUCACCAGAUGAACUGAAAUUAAUUCGUCAGGCCUGUGUCUUUGGCAGUGCUGGCAAUGAAGUUUUGUAUUCUACAGAAAAUGAUGAGGUUUUUGUGCUCGGCACCAACUGUAGUGGCUGCUUGGGAACAGGGGAUAUCUUGCAUUCCAUUGAACCGCGUCGUGUUGAUCAUUUAUGUGGGAAAAAAAUAGCCUGCCUGAGCUAUGGAAGUGGUCCUCACGUCGUCAUUGCAACGGACGAAGGAGAAGUGUACACCUGGGGCCAUAAUGCUUAUAACCAGUUGGGCAAUGGGACAACUAAUCAUGGUUUAGUACCUACCCAUAUCUCUACCAAUUUAGGAAACAGGAAAGUCAUUGAAGUGGCCUGUGGGUCUCACCAUUCCUUGGUGCUGACAUCUGAUGGUGAGGUAUUUGCCUGGGGUUAUAAUAACUCUGGACAGGUUGGAUCUGGCUCCACAGCCAACCAACCUAUCCCUCGAAAAGUCACUGGCUGCUUACAGAACAAAAUUGCUACAACCAUAGCUUGUGGCCAGAUGUGCUCGAUGGCUGUGGUGGAGAGUGGUGAGGUUUAUGUGUGGGGGUACAAUGGAAAUGGGCAGCUUGGACUGGGCAGCAGUGGCAAUCAGCCAACGCCCUGCAGAAUAGCAGCUUUACAAGGCAUUCGGGUACACAAGAUUGUCUGCGGCUAUGCACAUACAUUAGUGUUAACAGAUGAAGGUCACCUCUAUGCUUGGGGAGCCAACUCUUAUGGCCAGUUGGGUACUGGCAAUAAAAGUAACCAGUCUUACCCUACUCCAGUCUCUGUGGAAAAGGACAGAGUGAUCGAGAUCGCAGCCUGCCACUCGGCGCACACCUCUGCGGCCAAGACCCAGAGUGGCCACAUCUACAUGUGGGGCCAGUGUCGGGGCCAGUCGGUGACCCUUCCUCACCUCACCCACUUCUCCUGCACGGACGAUGUGUUUGCCUGCUUUGCCACCCCCGCGGUGUCCUGGCGCCUCCUCUCUGUUGAGCCGGAUGACCACCUCACAGUAGCUCAGUCACUAAAGAAAGAGUUUGAUAACCCUGAAACUGCGGACUUAAAAUUUCUGGUGGAUGGAAAAUAUAUUUACGUGCAUAAGGUCCUUCUCAAAAUUAGGUGUGAACAUUUUCGUUCAGUGUUGAAUGGCAAUGAGGAUGACAUAGUAGAAAUGGAUGAAUUUUCAUAUCCUGUUUAUCGAGCCUUUCUGGAAUACUUGUACACAGACUGUAUUAAUCUCUCUCCAGAGGAUGCAAUAGGAUUGCUAGAUCUGGCAACAUUUUACAGAGAUAACAGAUUGAAAAAGCUCUGUCAGCAAACCAUUAAGCAAGGGAUCUGUGAGGACAAUGCCAUUGCUCUGCUUUCAGCUGCUGUGAAAUAUGAAGCCCAGGACUUAGAGGAAUUCUGCUUUCGAUUUUGCAUCAAUCAUUUGACUGUAGUCACACAAACUUCAGGCUUUGCAGAAAUGGACCAUGACCUUCUGAAGAGCUUCAUCAGCAAGGCAAGCCGAGUUGGAGCCUUUAAAAAUUGAUCAACAGCUACAGCCAAGAAAGGGACUCUAGUCCUUUCUAAUUCCCAUACAAAAGCUUGAGAAGAACAGCUUUCACUUAAUUAAUGGCUUGAUCAGUUACCCCUAGCAGAGUACACAUCUUCUGAAGAAAGACAUUCAUUCAGUGGGAGUUGACUCUUCUCUAUCAAUGAUCUGCCUGAGUCCAAAGUUUACAUAGAAAGUUGAAAAUGAGUAAAUGCUGUCAUUUCCUCCCCAGAUUCAAGCACUUCAUACACUACAAACCCUUUACAGCUUCUCAACUUUCCUUUUGAAAUCACAUCAGACAACACCUUUAUAUUGAUUUUUGGCAACAACAGCCUCAGGUCAUAGGAUUUUGUGCAAGAUGUUUCUCUUAUUCUUCAAGUGGACAUCAUUCUGUUUGGCAUAACAGGGACAGAGUGGCUAUCUUUCUGUUCACUUUAGGCCCAAAGUUUGGGUCCUGAAGACAGUUACUUCUGGGUCACUCAUGAGGAAGGAAAAAACAGUUCAUAACAAUUAGAAAACAUGGUCUGUAUUUGAACAAUUAUGGUCAAGAGUCAAGAUCCUCUGAUACAGUAUUUUAGAGAUAAUGACUAAUUCUCGAACAUUCAUUAGCCUUCAUCAAGGCUUUGCCAAUGAAAGAAUCAAAGGCCCAAGGGCUAACUUUACUAUGUUGUUUGUUUUUAAUUUUUAUUUUUUUUUUGGUAAACUGGGUCAUGAAUUCCUCAUAUGGGGAAGUUAAAUAUGAAGCCUUGAUUCUGAAUGAAUGUUACUCUGAGCUCAUCUGCCUUACAUGCAAAAAAAAGUAUCUUUGUUUCUUUUUGGGUUAACCAGGAUGUUCUUCCCUGCACAGUGAUGAUUAUUCUCAUAUAUAUUCCUUAAGGCUUUUGUGUUACUCUGAAAUAAGUCAGUCAUACUGGAACCAAAAAUCGGACUGUAAUUUUAAUGGCUAAACAGGACCCAGUACUCUCUCUCUCUCUUUUUUUUUUUUUUUUAAUAGAAAUGACUGACAAUAUAGAUUUUCAGAUUCCAAUUCAAAUUAAGUUACCUAAUUGUAGAAGUGAAAUGUGAAUGGAAACUAACAAGGAAAUAUAAAAAGUACAGAUCCCAAUACCAUAUUACGUAAAGGGGAACAUUUUAGCGUUAGAAAUCGCAUCCUCUACUGAUCUAAUAUUGGAUAAGAAAGUGCUUCUCUACAGAUAAUAGUAGAAUAAGUGUUUUUUGCCCAAGAAGGAAAAAAAAAAAGAAAUACUAGCAGUUCCUUGCCUCUUAUAUGCAAAUAAAUUCAUCUGGUAUAUGA